AUGUGUGAAUGAAGUUUAAUAUUUAAUCUUUAAAUGAACUUUGGUUUCUAGGACGAGAGAUUGCACAAAGAUAAAUAAAUAAUCGUUAAUUGUAACAUGAAAAUAAUAUAACGGUUUAAAAAAAAGAAAUGAUAAAGAUUUAGGGUGAAAUAAAUCGUGUCAAAAUUAUUUGACUUCAUCUAUUGCCUUUUUAACUUCGUUUUCAAGAGUUCGUUUCGCUAGGUGGUAGUCGCUAUUGAGUUAUCAUACGUUCAUUUCUAUUCAAUGGCGCCACGUUAAAAAAUAAAAUAAUUCUAAUAUUUAUUAACGAAAAUUAAUAAAUGUUAAUUUGUUGAUGACGUUCAUAUCUACGAGUACGAAUGUUGGUAUAUAGAAAACCGGAUUAUCUUCUAAAUUAUAUUUUGUAGAAUUUGAGCUGAGUUGGCAUAACAAUAAUGGCGACACAGAUUGAAAAGCAGCAACAAUUAUUGAAAAUAAAAAAGUGGAUUUACAAAGUGGUAACUGUUGUGUUCCUAUUACUUGUGUUUUUAAAUCUACCGACUAUAUGCCAAUCACAUGGACACGAUGAAUCACCGAGUUUCAAAUAUUCUAAAGAAGCCAAUAAAGAAUAUUUGCUAAAUCAGCACUCUGAACUGAAACAUGAUCCAGUGCAAUCACAUCAAUUUAAAAAAGUUCAUGCGCAUACCACGCAUGAUGAACACCACAAGCACGAUGAUGAUCAUCAUCAUCACCAUCAUGAAUCAACUAAUCUUCCUACUAAUGAACAUAAUGAGAUAACGUUUAGAGCUAUGGGUUCUACCUUGCUCAUUUCUAUAGCACCUUUUUUUAUAUUAUUUUUUGUACCAUUAGACAAUACUAAGGAAUGCGAACCAUUAUUGAAAAUACUUUUGAGCUUUGCAUCGGGUGGCCUCCUCGGUGAUGCUUUUCUACAUCUUAUUCCUCAUGCAUUAGUUCCUCAUUCACAUGAAUCUUCACAUUCCCAUUCGGAUAGCCACCAACAUGAAGAAUCUGAGCACAAACAUGAUAUGUCAGUUGGUUUGUGCGUUCUAUUAGGCAUUACUGUAUUUUUAAUUGUCGAAAAAGCUGUACGUAUGAUAAAAGGUGAUCACGGACAUUCUCAUACUACCAACGAAACUAAGAAAGAAUCCGACAAGAAGAAAGGUGUUUCUUCAUCUGUUAAAAAAAAUUCCGAAACCAAGAAUGAUAUAAAAAUUGCAGGCUACCUCAAUUUAGUUGCAGACUUUUUGCAUAAUUUUACAGACGGCUUAGCUAUAGGAGCCAGCUAUUUAGCUGGAAACAGUAUUGGCUACGUAACAACAUUUACUAUUUUAUUACACGAAGUACCUCAUGAAAUAGGUGACUUUGCCAUUUUGGUUCAAAGUGGUUGUAGUAAGAAAAAGGCUAUGUUGCUGCAGUUGACUACUGCAAUAGGUGCUUUGUUAGGCACUUAUGUGUCCUUAUUAGCAGAAGGAAUGGGAGAUUUUGCGACAAUGUGGAUUCUUCCAUUCACUGCUGGAGGAUUUAUCUAUAUUGCUACUGUCUCUGUGAUACCAGAAUUAUUAACUGACACUAAGUUUUGGCAAUCGGUUAAAGAAAUUAUUGCACUUCUUGCAGGAGUAUAUAUGAUGGUACUUAUAGCAGAAUAUGAAUAGAAAUCUAUUUUUAAAAAUAUGGUCUUUUUAAUAAUGCAUUUAUUUUCUUUUUUAAUAAUAUUAUUGUUAAUAUUAUUAUUAUUAUGAAUAUUUGUUCAUAAUCUCAAAAAUCACCAAACAAAUGACUGUUACAAUUGAUAUAGGCAUGAAAUUGUGAAAUAAUGAAAUUUAUUUAUAAAUUAUGA